CGCGCCGUCGCCGCCGACCGGCCUGCCCUCCGUCCCCCGCCGCUGAGCCCGACCUCCAAAAGGCUGAAAAAAUUAUUAUUGAGAGUCAUAGCCCAUAACCCCUCCAACUAGCCCCCCAACCCUCAACGGAGAAAGAACACAUCGGCCCCGGCCCGGCGGCGCCCGGGAAAGGAAGAGAGAGCGACCUCGGUCCCGCGCCUGGGACCACCCUGGAGGGAGAAGCCGCCCCACGGUCCGUAGCCCGCCCCGCCGCCGCGGAGACCCGAGUGAAGCCAUCUGGAGCCCAAGGCUGCCGACCUUCCAUCUUCUGCCACUGUCCUUGGCUUGUGCACUGAUUCUCUGCCUAGGAAAAGACCAUGCAGCUGGAGAUCAAAGUGGCCCUGAACUUCAUCAUCUCCUACUUGUACAACAAGCUGCCCCGACGCCGGGCAGACCUGUUUGGGGAGGAGCUAGAGCGGCUCUUGAAAAAGAAAUAUGAAGGUCACUGGUACCCUGACAAGCCACUGAAGGGCUCUGGCUUUCGCUGUGUCCACAUUGGGGAGGUAGUGGACCCUGUGGUGGAGCUGGCCGCCAAGCGGAGUGGCCUGGCGGUGGAGGAUGUGCGGGCCAACGUGCCUGAGGAGCUGAGCGUCUGGAUUGACCCUUUCGAGGUGUCCUACCAGAUUGGUGAGAAGGGGGCUGUGAAAGUGCUGUACCUGGAUGACAGCGAGGGCUCUGUUGCCCCAGAGCUGGACAAGGAGAUCAAGAGCAGCUUCAACCCUGAUGCCCAGGUAUUUGUGCCCAUUGGCAGCCAGGACAGCUCCCUGUCCAACUCUCCAUCACCAUCCUUUGGCCAGUCUCCCAGCCCCACCUUCAUCCCACGCUCUGCCCAGCCCAUCACUUUUACCACUGCCUCCUUUGCUGCCACCAAGUUCGGCUCCACCAAGAUGAAGAAGGGCGGUGGGGCAGCGAGUGGUGGGGGCGUGACCAGCGGUGGGGCAGGUGGCCAACAGCCCCCACCGCAGCAGCCUCGCAUGGCCCGCUCUCCCACCAACAACCUGCUGAAGCACAAGGGUCUCUCCCUGUCUAUGCACUCGCUGAACUUCAUCGCGCCCAACCCGGCCCCUCAGUCCCAGCUCUCACCCAAUGCCAAGGAGUUCGUGUACAAUGGUAGUGGCUCUCCCAGCCUCUUCUUUGAUGGGGCCGAUGGCCAGGGCAGUGGGGCUGGCACCUGCAACAGCAGCAGCAGCUUUGACAUGGCCCAGGUAUUUGGAGGUGGCACCAACAGCCUCUUCCUGGAGAAGACGCCCUUCGUGGAAGGGUUCAGCUACAACCUGAGCACCAUGCAGUAUCCCAGCCAGCCGCUCCAGCCUGUUGUGCUGGCCAACUGACCACGCCCUGCCUGCGGGGCCAGGAGCACCCAAGACCACAGAAAAGAAAAAGGAAGGGAAAGGAAAGGAAAGGCCAAAAAAAGAGGAAAAGAAAAAUACACAAAAAUUUCCAAUCUUCUCACUCACUCCUAGAGAGAAGACGCAGUCGAGGCAUGGAUUGGGAGGGGGCUCCCGAAGCACCUGAACCGUGUUUAACUCAACCUCCUUGCUGUUUUCCUGCCUGCCUCUGAUUUAUUUGGUUGGUUUGGGUUUUUGGGAUUUUUUUCUUUUUUUUUUCCUUACAUGUAGUUUUCUAUAUAACAUCUUUAAUUAGUGGCUUCCUGUGCUAAGAAUGGUCCAGAUGUGAAUUGCUGCUCCGUCCCUUCCUCCCUCCCUCCUUCACACACCUGGUUUAGGAUUGGUGUGUCCAAGCUCCCAGGGAAGGAAGAGCCGCGGCUGGGGCCUGGCCUGCCUCAGAACAGGGAGAAGCUGUCUCAUGUCACUGCGUCUGUCACCCAGCUAUCCUCUCAGUCAAAGCCAUCCAACCUCAGCAGGCCUCCUUGUGUCCUGCCACCCAAAUAGGUCUGACCCCAGUCCCCACUCCUCAGGCAUGGGUCACAGGGAGCUGCCUGCUGGCCACUUGACACCCUCCCCCCAGAGCUGAUGUCUAACUCCAGGGAGGUUAGCACUCUAUUGGAAUUCCUUUCAUCUCUGUCCUGUGGCCCCCACACCACCAUUCCCACCUGGUGUCCCAGACUACAUGGCCCUGGAGACGGAGCCAUUGACACAUGUGGCCUCUCGUGCAGUCCCUUCUUCCCUGGGCCUGAGAUUGUGGAUAGGGAGGUAGGCCAGUGUGGGGGUGAGUGUGUGCGUGCAUGGGCGUGAUUUGCUGUCCUGUUUUAAAGGAUUCCGAGCCAUGUGAAACUUCCCCUCUGGAUAUGAUUCUGGGUUGUCAGAAGUGCUUAUUUAUGUUUGAGGUGGGGGGAUGGUCCAGGGUGGGUUGUCAGUCCUUUCGUUGGGUGGUUCACAUGUUGGGGGGAGACUACUGUGGCUGAGCCUGAGACACUCCCAGGGGAAAGCACUGCAGAAGGAACUGGCUUCCAGACUGCAGAGGGAUCUGCACUUUUGUUUUUGACCAAAAAAAAAAAAAUUUUUUUUUUAAAUGGGUUAGCUGUGAGGGGCUGAGGGAAUACCCAGCCCCUGAUGCCUAAGAGAAGUCUCUGUACCCUCCUGUCAUGUGACGUUGGCCCAGGGUGGGAGCUGCUCACCUAAGCGCCCUGGAGGUGGGCGUUUCGGGUCAGUGCCUGUAGGCAGCCCUGAGCCUUGAAUGGGGACUUUUGGGCCCUUUGGUUGUAGAUGUUGUAAUACAUUUCCGCCCCUGCCUGCUUGAGAACUUUUUGGUACCUCUUGCCAUCCCUUCUCACUGCCUGACCCAACCCCACUGGGCCUUGAUGCCGUGAAGAGUGGUCUUCUGGGCAGGCCAGCCUUCGCCAUUGAAGCUGGGGUGUUUGGAUUAUAGAAGAGCAUUUGCUCCCCAUCUUUGCCAGAAGGGAAGUUGUUUCUCCAACCCAACCCUAGUGGGCCAGCUUCCAUGCCAUGGUGCUUUGGCAACUGGAGUACAUGGCAUCAGGGCCCCCAUCACCGGAAAGUACCAAAGCCCUUGGCACCCCACCCCAUCUUCCCCAGCGACCCCAAGUGGGCAACUGCUGUGGCAGUGGGUCCAGCCCAGACAGACACUGCCAGCCUUCCCUGCACUGGGCACCAGCUCUACCUCCCCCAGCAGGGCAGUGCCCUGGUUCCUCAGCCCAGCACCAUCUGUCCCCUUAGACUUCUCAGGGGCCAGCCCAGUCUGGGCCACCCUCUCUCCCUAGCCCUUGGCUCCCACACAGGUGACAGGCCCAGGCAGAUUGCUGCUCCUUGGGAAAGGUUGGAUGCUGCCUUAUGCCCCCUCUCAGCUCCCUCCCAAACUCACGCACCCAGGUCCCCACCAUACCUGGUCAGCUUGUUUCUCACCACACGUAGGGAGGGCGAGACCAACCCCUUAGUGUCUUGAAAUACGAAGAACAGUGUGUGUUCAGGAGCAUGACUCCAGUGCUGGGCUCUUGGGCCCAGUUCAGUAUGUCUUGUCUCAAAUCUAGGCAUUUUUGCUUCAAUUUUAUUUUUUUUAAGAAAACAAACAAAAAUCUGCACUAAUUUACCUGGUUUCGUAGGAAAACUUUUUUUUUUAUUUUUUACAUUUUUUGGUGUCCGUUUGUAUUGAAUAAUUUGCUACAUUUGUAAAAUGUAAGAGGUAUAUAUAAUAUAUGUAUAUUUCUAA